AUGACCUACCGACCUGAUGCAACGCAUGUAACUUUACGGCGUCUAUCUGCUCCACUACUUCAUAUCGUACUCAUAUUUGCCAACGUUUCUAGGUUACAGCAGCGAUUACGUUUCGUUCCUUGGAAUCGUGAUGGUUGGAAAGUGGGCCACUGCCUCACGCCUGCCAUUGGUCUUCCCCGCAGCUUGCUGGUAUUGUCCAAUAACACUGCUAUUCGCGAACGCUUCUCGGACAUUUUGGAACGCUUUUGGAAGUUGUUUAAACGAAAGGCCCAUUUACAUCACUACACUAGUGUGGAUGGCUUCGAAUUGGAAAUGUUCACGACACACGCCGAGUCCAUCGCAGACUUAUGCCACCAGUACGAAGUGUUGGAACAAAGGGCUGAUUGCGACACUGGGCCACGCCUUCCUAGACUUCAGAUUUGUAGCUGA